AGUACUACUGUUUUAAAAAGCACCUGCAUCGUCAUUUGUUUGGAGCUAAGCCAGACUGAUGCCAGAUUACGGAGCUUAAUAAGCCUAGUGCCUACUGCCUAGGUAGCACUAGGCAGCACUCAUGGCGGCCGCCGCGUUCGGGAGAGACGGACGAGUCCGCGUCCGCCUCCGCUCCGGCGCACGUACAGAAGCCUGCAUUGCGUACUCUAUCUAUAUAUACCGGCCGGUUCGCCGGAGAGCUGCAACCAGCCAGCCAAGCCAAGGGGAUCUGAUCGAAGGAGCAGAGGAGGAAGAAGCAAUCAAGCAAAGCAGGCGCAACGCAGCCAACGACGAUGCCGCGCCGCAAGGUCCCCAUGAGGCUGAUCGAGAGCGCGCGGGCGCGCGCCGAGACGCGCGCCAGGAGGGCCAAGGGGCUGCAGAAGAAGGCGUCGGAGCUCGCCACGCUCUGCGCCGUCCCGGUCGCGCUCGUCUGCGCCGGCCCGGGGGCUCUGCCGCUCGUGUGGGAGUCGGAGGAGGGCGUGCUCGAAAGGUACCGCCGCGCCGUCCCGGCGGACACCCGCGCGCGGCACACGCACCGGAGCUUCGUGGAGACGGAGCUGGGCAAGGAGCGGGCCAAGCUCGCCCGGGUGCAGCACGGCUGCCCCGGCGCGCUCGCUGACUGGGACGCCGCGCUCAACGACAUGACGCUGGACGAGGCGCGGGGGCUGCUUGAGACCAUCGACGCGGCGCUGCGGGCCACGGAGGACAGGAUGGAGGCGCUGGGCAUACCUGCCGACGGCGGCCACGCCCCGCUCAAGGGUUCUUCGCACGACGCCCUCAUGCCGCAGCAGCUCGGGCACGGUGGCGGCAGCCCCGUGGACAUGGACGCUGCCGGCUUCCACCAGCUGCAGAUGGUGCCGUUCCAAGCUGGGAAUAACGAGGGCCUGCUCGAGCAAUUCUCAUGGGACGAUCCAUUCCACACGCAGCAAGGGUGCGGCGGCUUCCAAUGCGUCGGCGGCAACGAGAUGCUCUCGCUAGGCCUCGCCAAUGCCGACUACAACUGCUCGGCCGGCGGCGACGAGAUGCUCUCGCUAGGCCUCGCCAAUGCCGACUACAACUGCUCGGCCGGAGGCGACGAGAUGCUCGCGCCGGGAUUCACCAAUGCUGACUACAACUACUCGGCCGGCGGCGACAAGAUGCUCGCGCCGGGCUUCGUCAAUGCUGACUACAACUACUCGGCCGGCGGCGCCGGGAUGCUCGCGCUAGGCCUCGCCAAUGCUGACUACAACUACUCGGGCAGUGGCGACGAGAUGCUCGCGCUAGGCCUCGCCAACGCUGACUACAACUACUCGGGCAGCGGCGACGAGAUGCUCGCGUCUGGCUUCUUCGCCAAUGCUGACUACGACUGGACUGAUCUGACCAUGUGGGCCGCCGACGAGUUGUGCGAUGCAGCCAUGCCACUUGGGUGCUACACUGACUUCGCCGACGGUACUCUGCCGCCCGAUUACUCCGCUCAGGCCGUCACCAGCGGGGACUACGUCAACACACCACCAUCUGGCGGGUACGGGUACCCCAUGGCCAUGGGCGUGGGCGACAACUUCACUGACAGCAACUACACGGCGCACUGGCAGUUCCAGCGCUUGGACACAAGCAGCAUGUUGCUAGGGGAAAUGCAGACGUAGUUUUGGAGCUAGAAUGUCUUAAUUCUCACGCAUCUGAAGUUAGAUUUCCGCAGAUUUAUAGUAUAAUUUAUCUGUAUUACGUCCAUGAUUUUGUAUCGGAAUUUCGAAACAUUAUGCCAUCAA